CCCGGAACUUUAGUGUCCGAGUUGAUGCUAGCUUCGGAGUUAUUUAAAACAAGGACCGGAUUAGCUGAUGCUAAGGCCUUUAGUAGCUAACACAAGUCAAAUUAACCUCCUUUGUUUCACAGUCUGAUCUGUUUUUAGUCCGCAUGCUGUCUCGUAAGCAGAAGCGGGUGUGGAAAUACGUGGAGGAGGGCAGCGUGCUGAAGCUGAAGUCGUACCUGAAGAAGCACCGGGACCUGGAUGUGAACUUCUCCCAGGGCAGAAGGGAGAGGAGCCCGCUGCACCUGGCCUGCUGCCUGGGAGACGACGCUGUGCUGCGGCUGCUGCUCAAACACGGAGCCGAUGUUCUCCAGAAGAACCGUAAAGGAGACACAGUGUUACACGUAGCCGUCAACAGGACCCUUAAACACGGGAAAACAGCGUAUGAUGACCUGGUUGUGCCUCUCAAAAGGAUCUGUCCAGAAGCUUUGAAUGCUCCCAACAGCGCUGGAGUCACACCUCAAGACCUGCUGAACUGGAGGAAACAAACAAAGACUGCAGAAAACAUGAGCCGUCCAUCUGAAGGAGACCCUGAGAAGGAGUGGAUGGAAAAGCUGUUUGGUGAAUGCGAGGAUGAAUUCUGCGAAACCUUUGGAGUAUAUGAUGCCGAUGAUUUUCUUCCUGUGGAUGAUGACGAGGAAGACUUCGGGGACUGGGCUGAUCGUAUCAGAAGAGAUUAUUUCGAUAAAAAGCACGCUGAAGCUCAAAGACUGGCAGCGUCGUCUUCUGGGUGGAAAAAAAAGAAGAGUAAACAAGAGAGAGAGCAGGAAGAGCAAAGCAACAAGAAGCUGCACGAGAAGCUGCAGAGGGAACACGAAGAGUAUCUGGCACGAGCUGCACGUAAAGAGGAAGAGACUCGUCUGGGUAGGAAGCGCACGUACGAUGAAAGAUGCGCAGCUACUUUUGAUGGUGGCGCUUCAUCUAAAGACACAAAGCUGAGCUACAGCGACAUCCCCUGGCCAGCUCCACGAGGGACAGUACUGGAGAUGCUGGAUGUGAUGCUGCACGGCGUGGACAGGAAAGACGUGCCGGUGUUUCGUAAAAUGCUCCGUAAGCAGCAAACGCUGUGGCAUCCUGAUAAAUUUGCUCAGCGCUGUGAAGCUCGUUUAGAGGAGAAGGACAAACAACGGAUCCUGGAUACAGUUACCGCUCUGUCACAGGAGCUCAACAGACUGGCCCACAGUCUGAGGACCUAAAAUGUAGCUUUGUAUAAUAUAUCCUGUUCUGGAAAACUGAACUGUACACAAAGUUGGUUCCAUUAAGGCUGCAAUAGACAACUUUUCAACUCCCUCCCCCCUAGCAUUGUGUUGUGGUAUUAGUUAUUGUUGGCGCCGCUGUUGCAAGAACAACCAAAUCGCUUGUCUAUUGCCACUUUAAUGGAAAAUAAACAAAAAGUCCAGCACACUGUUUCACAACGUUUUGGUCCUCAGACCUUCAUCAGGGGAAAUGUUUACAGACACUCAGCACCAGGAUGUAAAUGUAGCCUUGGGGAAAAACACAAACCAGAGGGCGACUCUUACCAUUUAUUCAAAUUAAAGGGCACACCAAUGUUGGUAAUGGUAGUGGUGCUCAGAUCUAUCCUGCUAGCCUAGGCAGCGAACCAGCAACUUUCUGGUUUACACGUGUUCUCCUUUUACCUUUUUAGUGCCACCACUGCCAUGGAAGGAGAGCAUUAGUGUGUUCCUGAACUGUAUACAUGUGGGGAGAAAUUAAAGUCACCUCUGCCAUUA